CCACACCACUACACCAGUCUUUCAGUAAGCUGCUGGUGUAGGAGUAACAAGAAAACCUAAUUUUACCAUCUCUUAUUUCUUUUCUUUUCCACUGAUUCACUAAUUUCAUUUUCAUGAAAAACAAUUAAUUAUAUAGACAAGAUAUAUUAAGGCGUUUAUUCCUAGGUAGCAAAUAAUGGGUUUACAUCGAUCUCCAAGUGCUUCCAUGAAAUAUUAUCUUCCUCCUCAGGAGCUUCUCGAUGAUCUUUGCAGUCGAUUUGUUUUGAAUGUCCCAAAAGAAGACCUGGAGUCAUUUGAGAGAAUCUUAUUUCUCGUGGAGCAAGCACAUUGGUUCUACGAGGACAAUUCAGUUGAACAAAAUCCAUCACUCAAGUCGCUAUCUCUGAGGGAAUUCACUUCUCUAAUGUUUAAUAGCUGUGCUGCUCUCAGACCAUAUAUUGCACAUAUAGAUGAUAUAUACAAGGACUUCACCUCUUACAAGGUUCGAGUUCCGGUAACUGGGGCAAUAAUCUUGGAUGAAUCUUUUGAGCGGUGUUUAUUAGUUAAGGGAUGGAAGAUUGGAGCAAGCUGGAGUUUUCCUCGUGGGAAAAAGAACAAGGAUGAGGAAGACAAUACGUGUGCUGUCCGAGAGGUUUUGGAGGAAACUGGCUUUGAUAUAUCAAAACUUCUGAAAGUAGAUGAAUAUAUCGAAGUUACAAUAGGAGAACAAAGGGUUCGGCUUUACAUAAUUGCUGGUGUGAAGGAUGAUACUGUCUUCGCACCUCAGACAAAAAAGGAGAUCAGUGAGAUAUCAUGGCACAGGAUUAGUGACCUCCAACAAGCAGGCAACGAAGCAAUGUCUCGUGGGGCUAACGGCCUAAAGCUCUAUAUGGUUAGUCCUUUCUUAACGUCUUUGAAAUCGUGGAUUGCAUCACAUGCACCUCCUGCUACUCAAAAGUCAGAAACGUAUUUCAAAGGAAGCUUAGGGAACGCUACAAACGGCUCGACAGGAGCAACUAUGAAAACAAAGAACAACCAUUUGAUUCAGCUUGGAUUUGAAUCUCGCCAGCCUGACACCAGACCCGGAAGAAGCUUCCGAAGCUUCAAACUCAAUUCAUCUAUGAUCAUACAAGCAAUGGAAGCUUCAUUCUCCGCCUAACUCCAAAACUUGGCCUUUAGGCAUCUUUGUUUCGGUAAAUCCUGAAAUAAGUCUAAUAAAUUAAGAUGGGUUUUUCUGUUCCAUCUAUCUUUCUGGUUGGAAGUGCAUUUGCCUAACACAUGUAUUUGCUCUCAUCAGAGUAACUUAUACUUAGUAAAGGUUUAAUCGUUGUUUUUGUGGCCUUCUCUUUAUAUGUC